AUGUCUCUUAAUAGUAAGGAAAAAUCACAACUCCGAAGCGCCCUACAGGAAGCAGUUAUAAAAUGCUCAGAGAGAUGUCUUUAUCAAUCUUCAAAAUGGGCAGCCGAACUACUUAACGCAAUUGAUGAACCCGAGGCAUCGCCUGACGAUUCUCAGCUAUCGGAUGCAUCUAAUGGAUACCCAUCGACAGCAUUCGCCCAAAAUAGCGACCCGGAAGAAGCAAUACUCGAAGCUAAAGAGAUAAACAAGUACCUUCUAGCCAAAUCUCUCUUCGAUUGCCGAGAAUAUGAUCGCUGUGCUGCAGUUUUCCUUCCCGACUCUACCUUAGCUGGCAUGGCAUCCUCGAAAGAGCCGAAUAACUCGACGCCCAAAGGCAAGGGGAAAGGCAAGGCCACAGCACCUAGCACCAGGACAAGCAGCGCAGAGAUAUUACCACAAUUGAGUCAAAAAAGCCUGUUUCUUGCAUUAUAUGCCAAGUUUCUCGCAGGAGAGAAACGUAAAGAUGAGGAUGCCGAGAUAGUAAUGGGGCCUCAGGACAUUGGCACAUGCAUCAACAAACAGCUAUUGACAGUCAGUCGCAUUUUAGAAACAUGGUUCGAGAAACGGAAAUCGGAUGACGGCGAAGAGAUAGAAGGUAGCCAAGGGUGGCUUGAAUACCUCUACGGUAUGAUUCUUGCCAAAGAAAAAAAUGAAGAACUGGCCCUGUAUUGGCUGGUCCGCAGCGUACACCUAUUUCCUAUGAAUUGGGGUUGCUGGCUGGAGAUGACUGCUCUUAUCUCACGGGUGGAAGAUUUAAAUCGCAUAAUGCCUCGCUUACCACAAAACAUCGUCUCCUUUAUGUUCCAUAUACACACCUCGCUCGAGCUCUACCAGCACGAUCCAAAUCUCGCUAAUUCCCUCGACCAACUACUCAAUAUAUUCCCGACGUCAUCUUUCCUGCUCACAUGCGAUGCGCUACUAUCUUACCACGCAAAAGAUCUCGUUGCAGCAGAACAACACUUUAGCAAUAUUCUAUCGCUACACCCUCAUCGACUCGACUCGCUUGACCAUUAUUCUAACAUACUUUACGUCAUGAACUCACGACCAAAACUCGCAUUCUUAGCGCAUCUAUGCAGUAGUGUUGACAAAUUUCGCCCAGAAUCUUGCGUGGUAAUUGGUAAUUACUACUCGUUGUUAUCCUUGCACGAGAAAGCUGUACAAUAUUUCCGACGAGCGUUGAUGCUGGAUCGCUCAUGUUUGUCCGCUUGGACACUUAUGGGCCACGAGUACGUCGAACUUAAAAAUACACAUGCGGCCAUUGAAUCAUAUCGCCGAGCUGUGGACGUAAACCGAAGAGACUACCGUGCAUGGUAUGGGUUAGGGCAGACAUACGAGAUUUUAGAGAUGCAUGCAUAUGCAUUAUGGUACUAUAAGAAGGCAGCUGGUCUUAGACCAUGGGACGGAAAGAUGUGGAUGGCCGUUGGCUCGUGCUUACAGCGCAUGGGCCGAAAUCAGGACGGGAUCAAAGCUUUAAAACGGGCAUUGCUCGCCGAGAGCUACUACGACACAGGUAGUAGCAUCGGUAGCGGUGGUAUAGCGGGUAGUCUCCGAGGUGCACACAUGGACCCGGAGAUCCUGCUACAGAUCGCUAACAUGUAUGACGGCAUGGGUGAGGAAGAAGACGCCAAGGCAUACAUGGAAAUGUGUGUGGCGCAAGAAGACGGCGGGGUAGGCGACAGCCAGGGCGAAGGCAUCGCAAUCCAUACUGAUUCGCCAGGAGAGGGCUCGGAAGACGACGGCGAUCGCGCUGGACGUGGAGAGGGAGGUACGGGGGUGACGGCGGCCACUAGCAAAGCCCGGAUAUGGCUUGCGCGCCACGCGAUGAGGACGGAGGACUAUGUUAUGGCGAACCGCUUAGCGAACGAGCUAUGCCAAGACGGUGUUGAGGUCGAGGAAGCGAAGGCGCUCAUACGAGAGGUUAGGUCUAGGAUGGAAGCUAACGGAAUGGAAUUACCGUCGGCGGGAUAA